UAUUCUCCAGGUCAUAGGAUCAACAUAAAACAGUACUUAGGCAGUCAAGGAACAAAGGUUUGUUUCCUGGUAUGAUGAAGUUUCGACGGACGGUUCGAAGUGGGAGUUAUUCUGUCAAUCCUCCUUCUUUAGAGGACACUGGAGAGGUUGCUGCUCCUUUUCAGGAUCAGAAGGGACGAUAUACUCUCACAAAUAAGGAGAACAUUAACUAUUCACCAAUAAAUACUUUCAGGGCAAGUAUCCGAAGAUCCCUGAGAAAGUUGAGAAAUAAACAAGACAAGUCUAAGGAGAGAAAAGAUGAGAAGGAUGAGAAGGAUGGGAAGGAAAGGAAAUGGGGAAGAAAGGGUAAAGAAGGCAAGGAGGAGAAUAAGUACGAGCUGACCAUUAGCUACAGCAAAGAGGAUUUGACCUCAGAGGUCGAGAUUAUUCAUGAACCAAACUGUCCUUACAAGAGACCUGCCUCUGCUAUGGAGAGGAGUAAAGGAGGAUUUACGAAACCUAAACCUAGACCUUACCAUUCACAGCUCGGGCUUAAUCAGGUUGUGGAUUCAACUAAAGAGGAUGAUGUUGAUGAUGAUGCGAAGGUUGAUGAUCUCGAAGAUCCUGAGAUUCUAAAUGAGGAAAUUGAGCAACUCGAUGAAGAAAACAAGGAGAUCAAAGAAGAAGAAGACGAAAAAGAGAAUGAAGAUGACAAGAACGAAAAGAACGAGACUGAACUUUGUCAUGAAGAGUAUGAAGAGGACGAAGAGGAUGAAGAGGAUGAAGAUAAUCAUGAUGAAUAUAUCGAACCUGUAAUAAAGAUGAAGAAGAAAGAAGAAGAUGAAGAAAGUCUUGAGAAUAGUGAGAAAGAAUUUAGUUUGCGGAGUACUAAGACAAGUAUCCUGGAUAGAAAUAGUUCUAGCAGAAGAUCAAUUCUUUCAGCUGACGUUGGAGAACUCAGAGUUAAGAAAGAACCACGCGGACCCUUGGCAGAAUUGUACAGGGAGCAUUUGAACUUGAACCAGGAGCAAAGGAGCAAUAGAACUAGUAUCAACAGCAACAACAACAACAACAACUCUGAGAAUAUCAACAAUAUCAACAACAACAACAACUUUGAUAGUAUCAACAAUAUCAACAGCAUCUGUAGUUCAAGGAUGAUCAUUCACUCCGAGAUUGAAUAUGAUAAUCAAGUUGAGAUCAGUGAUGUACUGUGUACUACUAAAACAACAACAUCUGAAGAACCUAUUUCUCAGACGAUGGACACAGAAGAACCAAAAAUGAAAAAAGACGAAGAAAAUGAAAAUAAAGUUGAAAACAAGAGAAAAAAGAGCAAUUAUGUGUCUGAUGUUGACAAGGCUAAAAGUCCUGCCAUUGUGACCCACGUGCGUAAAUCGGAAAAGGAAUCAGAACUGAAUCUUAAUAUUGGAGAUAUCGUCUUCCUUCAUAGGCGUCUCAGCCCUGAGUGGUACUACGGAGAAAGGCACGGAGUGAUGGGUCUCAUUCCAGCAAAUUUUAUCAAGAUUCUAGCAUAUGGAGAUGAUGGAGAAGAAAAGGUGAGGGCGGUGGCAAAGAUGAAAUACUCUGCUCGAACUGACCGGGAGCUGUCGCUGGAGGUCGGUCAGCUGGUCUAUAUCAUUCAUAGACUUGAUUACUACUGGUUUACUGGUCACUCCUUAGGACAGGUUGGAUUAGUUCCAGCUUCAUACCUAGAUAUACUCUCUGCAACCAAGGACGGAGGUCUUCCACCAGUCCCUGUAGGCUGGGAGAAAUAUGGACUACAGGAUCCUGAUAGCAUUGAAGUGUUUGAGGAUUCAUGGGAAGAAGAAAAUAUGAUCAUGAAACAAGAACAAGAGAGAAGGAAAACAAGAGAAAAGGAAAAGGAAAGACAAAGGGAACUGGAACGGAUUCGAGAAAAAGAGAAAGAACGGGAUAGAAUAAGAGAAAUAGAAAGGCUACGAGAACGGGAGAAAGAUAGAUUAAGAGAACGAAGCAGGGAGAGAGUGAAAGACAGAGAAAGACACAGAGAGAAAAGCAGAGACAGGCAAAGACACAGAGAUAAGUCUAGAGACAGACAAAGAUAUAAAAGAGAAAGUUUGAUGGAAGAAACAAAUGUAAGAAGAGAGGCACCCAUAUUUAUUUAGAGUUAUUCUUCAUUUUUAGUUUAAUAUUAGAUGAUACAUUUGCUGGUAGAAAAAUAAACAAAUUAACAUUAA